AGUGCCUGUGCUCAUUCUGAGCUGGGAGUGAAACUGAAGCUUUUAUCUGCUUCUCUCAAUUCCUGCUCAUCUUGCAUUAUUGUUUUUUAAUAAUGGAAUUAUUCUGUGAAGAUUGUGGAAAAAAUGAGCCCUGGAAACCUAUCUGCCUCUGUUUAGCUUUUUAACCUGCUUUUGCCUGCCUGCUCUUCCAGGAGAUAAUGGCAGAUUCUUCAGUGGUGGAUCACCUGACACGACUGAAACUCAAACUCCUAGAAAAGGCUUGGAAAUCUUUAUGAGCUUUUCUGCCUGACUUAUAACCAGUUCUGGUUAUGGUUCUGCCAACAGAGACUAGAAAAUGAACAGGAGAACUUAGAGAAGAUGGGAUUGUCUCUCCCAGCUGCAAGGAACAGACCUCAGGACAUGCUCCAAAGUGCCCUGAGGCAAAGGAAAGAUCUGCUGCAGGAGCUCAGGGAACAGCACCUUCUGGAAGAGCUUUCACAGCCACCUGCACCAGACGGGGGACACUGCCAUGACCACAGAGCUGCCCUCCCACAAAUCUACCAGAUCCCUUUUCCAGCUUCCCCAGUGGAGCCACCAAGGAUUAUCCAGCAGACAGUGCCAGCUCAGCCUGCCACCAUCAUCCAGCAGCUGCCUCAGCCCUCGCCUGUGAUCACACAGAUUCCCCCAGCCCAGCCCUUGGCUGCCCCCCGCUCUGGGAGCAUUAAGGAAGGGCCUGCAGCUCGCUGCUCCCCUGGCCGUGAAGGCAGAGAGGCCCAAGGCACCCGUGGUGCACCACCACCACCAUUACCCUCCCACGGGGGUGCUCCCAGUGCCCCCCAGGAGCUUCCUGCCCACGGAGCAGCCCUGGAGCAGCAGCCCUGCCCAGCCUAUGUGGCCCACAUACUGACAGUACAGGACCCUCUGCAAGUGGACCAUAGCCUUUCUAAAACCAAUAAAAUCCUGCUGCUCUUCCUCAGCCAUUGACAUGUCUUUUUCUUCAGCACCAUAAAUCAGUCACUUUCCCCUCCUUUACUUUUCCCCAGAGGACAAGCUUUCAUCCAUGCCCAUGUUAUCCUGUCCUUUUAAGUUUUAUUUACGACUUCUUAAAAGGCUCCCUCAGAGUUUUUAUCAGGCAACACUUUUUCAUGCUCUCAGCAGCCUGGUUUUGCUUGACAUAGAAAGAUGAACGAUGAUUUUAUAGCUGUUUCUCAAUAUAUUCCCUUCUGUUUAUAUAUAAAACCUUCUGUUUUUAGAGUGGAGAACAUUUGUACACUGGGUUUGCCUCAUGCAGUCUGUGAGUCUGAUUAAGAAAACCCAGGGACCUAAAUUUUGUUUGGAAUGAAGAAAACAUAGUAACUAUCACUGCUGGAAACUAAUUGUGUGCUGUGUUCCAAAACCAAUUAAUGAAUAAUUUAUUUACUGUGUAAAACCUACCUUGCCCUUUGCCCUCUCUGCUCUGUUGUCUUUGAGAUUCUUAUUGCUCCCUGCAACUUCUCACUUUCUACAACUACCUGAGAGAGGAAAUGGCCUCAGGUUGUGCCAUUGGAUUGAAUAUUAGGAAGAAACUCUUGACUGAAAACAUUGUCAGACAUUGGAAGAGGCUGCCCAGGGAAGCACUUGAGUCCUGUCCCAUCCCUGUAGGUGUUUAUGUGGCAUUUAGGGUCACAGCUUAGUGGUGUGCUUGGCAGUGCUGGGUUAGCAGCUGGGACUCGAUGUCCUUAGAGGGCUU